GCAAUAUGGCGUCCUAUUUUAUUACUGUCAGUAGAUUACGGCUUCUCCUGGGGGAUGGUGCCAGGAGGCUACACGUCUCAGCUGCCCUCGGUGCCAAAGCUGAAGUGGCAAUGAGCCGUUUUGAGCCCAGCUCCACCAUUGGCUACAACAAAUUGCUCGACAACAUCAGCAUCGUCCGCAGAAGGCUGAACCGGCCCCUCACCCUGUCUGAGAAGAUAGUGUACGGACACCUGGAUGACCCAUCAGGUCAGGAGAUCGUGCGGGGCCGUACAUACCUGCGCCUGCGUCCGGACCGGGUAGCAAUGCAGGAUGCCACGGCGCAGAUGGCCAUGCUGCAGUUCAUCAGCAGUGGCCUGCCCAGAGUGGCAGUGCCCUCCACCAUCCACUGUGACCACCUGAUAGAGGCCCAAGUGGGUGGCGCUCAAGACCUGCAGAGGGCCAAGGAAGUGAAUCAGGAAGUCUACAAUUUUCUGGCUACAGCCUCGGCCCGGUAUGGGGUGGGAUUCUGGAAGCCAGGGUCCGGAAUCAUUCACCAGAUUAUCCUGGAAAAUUAUGCGUACCCAGGAGUGAUGCUGAUUGGCACAGAUUCACACACUCCCAAUGGGGGCGGGCUUGGGGGCAUCUGUAUCGGAGUGGGAGGAGCCGACGCGGUGGACGUCAUGGCCGGUAUUCCGUGGGAGCUGAAAUGCCCCAGUGUGAUUGGGGUGAAGCUAACCGGUACUCUUUCUGGCUGGACGUCUCCUAAAGACGUCAUUCUGAAGGUGGCAGGCAUUCUGACUGUUAAAGGCGGCACCGGUGCUAUAAUGGAGUACCAUGGACCAGGAGUCAACUCCAUAUCCUGCACAGGCAUGGCAACAAUCUGCAACAUGGGGGCCGAGAUUGGAGCCACUACCUCCGUGUUCCCUUACAACUAUCGCAUGAAGACCUACCUGGAGAAGACAGGCCGCAAAGAAAUCGCAGAUCUGGCUGAUGAGCAUAAGGAGUGUUUGGUUCCUGAUCCUGGCUGCCAGUAUGACCAGCUCAUUGAGAUCAACCUGAGUGAGCUGAAGCCCCACAUCAAUGGGCCGUUCACACCUGACCUCGCACACCCUGUGUCUGAGGUCGGAGCUGCAGCACAGCAGAACGGAUGGCCACUGGAAGUCAAAGUCGGUCUGAUUGGCAGCUGCACUAACUCCAGCUAUGAGGACAUGGGUCGCGCUGUGUCUCUGGCCAGGCAGGCGCUGCAGUGGGGUCUGAAGUGCAAAGCCCAGUUCACCAUCACGCCCGGCUCAGAGCAGAUCAGAGCCACGAUAGAGAGAGAUGGAUAUGCUAAGGUCCUGAGGGAUGUGGGGGGUGUGGUGCUGGCUAAUGCAUGUGGGCCGUGUAUCGGGCAGUGGGAUCGCCGUGAUGUGAAGAAAGGUGAGAAGAACACAAUUGUAACCUCCUUCAACAGAAACUUCACAGCAAGGAAUGAUGCAAACCCAGCUACACAUGCAUUUGUCACUUCACCUGAGAUUGUCACUGCCCUGGCAAUCGCCGGCACCCUGAACUUCAACCCGGAGACAGACUUCCUGACCGCUCCCAAUGGCGAGAAGUUCAAACUGGAGCUCCCUACAGGUGAUGAGCUGCCGGCACGGGACUUUGACCCAGGCGAGGACACGUACCAGCAGCCGCCUGCUGACGGAGGCUCUGUGUGGGUGGAAGUGAACCCGCAGAGCAACCGGCUGCAGCUGCUCGAACCCUUCCAGAGGUGGGACGGCAAAGACCUGGAGGACAUGCAGGUGCUGAUUAAGGUGAAAGGGAAAUGUACUACAGAUCACAUCAGUGCUGCUGGCCCCUGGCUGAAGUUUCGUGGUCACCUCGACAACAUCUCCAACAACCUCCUGAUCGGAGCGGUGAAUGUUGAAAACAGUGCCAUUAACAAGAUCAAAAACCAGUUGACUGGAGAAUAUGGGGGUGUACCUGACGUGGCCCGCGUCUAUAAAGCUAAUGGCAUACAGUGGGUGGUUGUGGGAGAUGAAAACUAUGGUGAGGGCUCCAGUAGGGAGCACGCGGCUCUAGAACCACGACACCUGGGAGGAAGGGCCAUCAUCACCAAGAGCUUCGCCAGGAUCCAUGAGACUAAUCUAAAGAAGCAGGGCUUGCUGCCUCUGACGUUCUCAGACCAUUGGGACUAUGACAGGAUCUGCCCUGAUGACAAAAUCUCUAUUGUGGGUCUCCAGUCUUUUGCUCCAGGGAGGCCGCUGACGGCUGUGUUGAAGCACGCCGAUGGCAGCUUGGAGAAAAUCCAGCUGAACCACACCUUCAAUGAGACCCAGAUUGAGUGGUUCAAGGCUGGCUCCGCCCUCAACAGGAUGAAGGCGCUCCAGAAAUAAGCAGGAAGUGGAGUCAGGGGGUGGAGCCAUAUUGGGGCUGGGUCGUGUAAAUAGUGGGAAAGAGUUUCAAGGGAGAGAAACCACACCUUUAGCAAAUAGUUCAUGAUCACCAACUUAUGUAAUAAAUUACCUAUGCACCCAUUACCAGUCAUACACAGACAUAGUCACGUACACACACAACAGAUCGCUGUAUGGAUUUAAUGUACACAUAACACACCACACACAUUCUCACACUCAGAACUACUGUAUUAUGAAUGUGUAGAUUCUAACCCCAAUCAAAAAGCACCUUGACACACAGAUAUGCAUAAAUUAGACUAUUUUUUAGUAUUGCACUGUACCUCACCUGUGUCAUGUGUGAUCAGCACUGUUUUGUUUCCAUAGUGAGAACAUUGUCACCGUUACUGUAGGCAGCAUGUUGCUAUAGACACACCCCCAGCCUGUGUUGCUAUAGACACACCCCCAGCCUGUGUUGCUAUAGACACACCCCCAGCCUGUGUUGCUAUAGACACACCCCCAGCCUGUGUUAGUUACAGAUGAAAGAUCUCUUGCUUUUCUCUUGUUAAGAUGUGCUGUGAGAGAUCGCAAGAGCGUUUGGAUCAGUGAAUCUGCUUUGGGCCGCCUGUGCUUUUGGUGUGGCUUUUAAUGGUCAGUGAGGGGUUACUAGAUCAUUAAUGUGUUACUGAAUGAAAUAUUUCACUGAAUUGGCUUCCAGAUCAAGAGAGGUCUGUGUAAUUCUUGACUCGUUGAUUAGUGAACCAGUUUGUCCAAUAUACGAGUUUUGAGUUGAAUCCAAAGUCACAAGUCAAACUGUAGUUUACUGAAGUGUCACUCCACAAAGAACAAGCAUGGUUUUCAUUAGAUUUCAAGGAUUGGACUAAAUUACCUCUUUUUAAAUAGAAAAUUCAAAUAAUUUCUGAUUUGCUUUUCUUUACAUUAUCAGUUGGAAAAGGCACCUAUCAACUGUGUGUGUGUCAUGUCGAUGACCUGCUAUAUGUGUGCUGACUCAGUUUCUGUCCUUUACAGUGGCCGUCUUGUCCUUUUUCAAGAAGCUUAAUGCAUAGUAAUGGUUUGAGGUCUGUUUUAGCACACGGAGCACACGCCACACACACACUCUUAAAUGCCUUAGUAAUUUAGGUUUUCUUUAAGAGUUUUUAUUGCUAGGAAAAUUGGCUACAUUUUUAACUCCAUGAAUUGGCACUGGCUUGAAUAUCUGCUCAUAAUCAGUAAGUGGUUGGUAAUUUAGUCUAACAUAUUUGAAUACACAUUUAAGGUAACUGCUAAUGAGGUGAUCUAGUGUUUAGCAAAUUAAAAAUACUGUGCAGAGUGCACCAUGGUCUCCAUUAGCACUCCAAGACACAAAAUAGUUUUAUUAGUAACAAUUUAAAACAUUUGCUUAGUGAUUUCAUUAAAUGAUGUGCAGAUUAGUGUGUACUGUCUUUUUUAAGACUUGUAAACUCCAUUUUAUUUUUCGAGAUUCUUGGUCCUAAGGCUCAGCAUGUAUGCACAAUUGUAAAUAGCCUGUGCGAGAACUGAUAGGAUGUUGCUAGCUGGUCUAGUUGAAACAUGAAAUUACAAGAGUAGCUUACCUUCCAGGACCUAGUUUAGAUUGGCUAAUGGUUUAUGUAUCUUUAAGGAUCUGAGAUGUAGUUCACAACUCCUGUGGUGGUUUUGCAUAUCCCUAAAAAAAAUAAUGGAAAAAUUACAUUGUCUCCAAAAAAAAUUGUUCAAGCCUUUGCUUAGUGUAAAUGUGUUAAACCAUGUGUUAGUGUCCUAAGUUGUUUUAAAGCAUUUUAAGGUAAAAUGUGAAAAAUUAGUUUUAAGAUUUCACAGAAAUGAACAGGUACCUUUGAGUUCUUAGUGCUUAUGAAUCUGUGACAUUAACACUCACUCACAAAAUUGUCAUACAGGUCACUGUUGUACUUUUCAUAGUGUAGUUUUAUUUGACUCAAAAAUGGCUUAAUUGGCAUUUAAGCAUAAAUGUUGAACCGGGAUCUUUGUUUUAUUUUCAGUCAGUUUUCUGCAUUCAUCUCUGAAUUAAUGCCUGGGUCAUGAAAGGGUACCACUAAAAUCAACCAUAAGAGAAAAAUCACACAACUUGUCACACUUUCAUCUUCUGUACUGCCAAGGUUGCAAUUUGGCCUUGUGUGAAUGCCUUUUAACUAUAUCCAACAGUUGUUUAGCAACAGGCAGCUGGCAACAAGUUGUCAUGAAAGGCCUGCCUCUAAAGCCCUGGUGUUCUGAAGGGAAUGUGCUGAGCCAAAGUCCUGGUCUAACCAGGCUUAGAACAGCUCUAAUGCUAACCCACGCCUGUAUUCCAGUGAUGCACCCUGUAUCUACUACUGUAUUAGUGUAUUCUCACAAGUGCUACUGUUGAUUCCUGAUAUUUCACAGCUGAGCUACAUAAGAAAAGCUGUUCAGAUCUGUGGAUUAAUGUCUGUGUUGUGACUUUUUAUUUUUUGUAGAAGAAUGUGAUUUGAUUGUUCAUGCUUGUGUUGCUGGUUGAGAUAUUGAGAUGAAAAAGAAUGCAGAAAAUGUGUCAAAUGAAAGGAAAUAAAAUUCUGAUAACCCUGA